AGCCAAUCAAAUAGGGUGAUUCUGAGUUGUCUAAAGAAACGUUGACGUUCUCUUAAAGCCAGUACACGUCCAGAGUGAGCUAUCCUAAGGCCGGGGAGGAGUAUAGUAAAGUGGCAGGCUUCUAGAUACUGCUGGUCAGUAGCCCCUCUCCAUAUUAAGAGCUUCCUCAGUCUGUGGUUCAUGACUGUUGCAGUCGGGGAUACGCACGCAUUAGCGCUCAUCAUGCCUGUUCGAGCUGAGUGCUGCAGCAGUGCGGCCCGUACAUCCUCGGCCUCUCUUAUCCCUCCUCCGCCGAUCAACACCCACCAGCCCGGGGUAGCUACUUCGCUGCUGUACAGCGGUUCACAGUUUCGAGGACAUCAGAAGAGCAAAGGAAACUCGUAUGAUGUUGAGGUCGUUUUGCAGCAUGUGACCAUGGAGGACUCUUAUCUGUGUGGUUACCUGAAGAUCAAAGGCCUAACUGAGGAGUAUCCCACUCUUACAACGUUCUUCGCAGGAGAGAUCAUCAGUAGAAAGAGGCCCUUUUUAACCAGGAAGUGGGACGCUGACGAAGAUGUGGACCGCAAGCACUGGGGUAAGUUUCAGGCUUUUUAUCAGUAUGCAAAGAGCUUCAACUUAGACGACUUCGAUUAUGAAGAGCUGAAGAACAGUGACUUUGUCUUUAUGAGGUGGAAGGAGCAGUUCCUGGUCCCGGACCAUACCAUUAAAGACAUCAGUGGGGCGUCCUUUGCUGGUUUCUACUAUAUCUGCUUCCAAAAGUCCACAGCCACCAUUGAAGGCUACUACUACCACAGAAGCUCUGAAUGGUACCAGUCGUUAAACCUCACCCAUGUCCAGGAACACAGUAUGCCCAUCUACGAGUUCCGGUGAUACCCGCCCGCUGGCAGAGGGGACUUUGAUUGGCACUGCCCUAGAGACUUGCUUAUGGAGGGGGAGAUGAACUGACCAAUCAUGCCAAGGAUGUACCUAUCAGUAUUCCCUGGCGAAAGGGAGAGAACAAUGGAAGGAGGGAGGGAUAGACAAAGAACAAGGCCACCGACCGACAGUUUUUCCCAGCCUGCCUUUCUCAACUUUGCAUCAGCUGGGAUCAACAGCACUUUUUCUUUGGUUGUUUUCUCUUCCCCACUCUUUCUCCAUUCAGCUUCCUGUUUUUGAAGUGACUUUUCCUCUUUCCACCAUGUUGAAAACGCUUUCCACUUUUCAGUUGGGAAUCCCCCCCAGCCCCUCUGAAAAUGGGUCCCCCAGCAGUCUAAGAUUUAAGUACAAAGUUUGAUAUUGCAUUUUAAUUUGUCUCAAUAAAUUGAGGCCUGAUUGAGAUUGACCGAGCUACAGAGUGGGCAAGCAAUCCUGAAAAGAUGGAUCUCCAUAAGGUCUUGAGGUGUGACAUCAUCAAGGGUGUGCUCAACAGAAGAUUGAUGGUCAAUGAUCUGCCACGAUGCAAGAUCUGACGGCUUAGGCGGCUGACGUCUUGGUGAAGGUUUCUAUUUGAAGGCAGGGCAUAAUCAGAUGUGUGUUGUGGGCUAUUGAAACACAUAAUACCACACCGAUGGCUACUUUAAAUCUGUCCUCUCUCUGAGAUGGUGGAGUCGACAUCGUCUGACCUAUAGGGGGAGUCCCCAUGCCCUAGUUCAUAUUGGCGGACAUAUUUCCAGGCUGCUGUUACUGCUGCUUUUUGAAAAGCCUCCUACCGUUCCCUGCCUCAACCAAGUGAACUGAUAAAGUGAUUUACGCUUCACUCAUUUUUCUAUGCAAUUUACAAAAAAAUGUCUUAUCCGGCGCUUACCUACUUGCCAUUUUAUUUUCAGAAAGGACUUUUAAAAAGUAUUAUGAUGUACGUGAGUGAUCACACAGCCACCAGAGUAUUUAUUGAAAAUGAAUAUUGUUAAUUUACAUGUGUAUAGAUAUAUAAUAAAGUUGUUUUUAUUCACCAGG